AUGAAAUGGGUUAAAGAGAACAUUGCAUGUUUUGGUGGAAAUCCAAAAUCAAUCACCAUAUUUGGAGAGAGCGCUGGAGGAGCGAGUGUCUCAGCACAUACGUUAUCUAAUGGUAGCUGGGAGUUCUUUGACAAAGCUAUUUUGCAAAGUGGAAACAUGCUUAUGCCGUGGGCGAUUAUGACAAAUUCCCAAAUCGAAGAUGGUUUAAAAUGGUUUCUAGGAAAAGUCAAUUGCAACAACGAUGAAAAUUUGUUGGAGUGUCUACGAAAUGUGACUGAAGACAAAUGGAAGAGCGUGGUGAACAUCCAGGAAAUUGAAGGAAUCUGGACUGGUCCAAAUGUUGAUAGAGAAUUCAUUUCUGAUAAACCACAAAAAAUAUGGGAGGACAAAGACGUAAAAAACCAAGAUAUAAUUAUUGGAAUUACUAAAGAUGAAAUGUUUCUGCUCCAGCAACAUGUAUUGCAAAAGUCUACAAACAUAAGCUAUUACUUGAAUCAUUUCGAGGAAUUGCUAAAGAUGACUUUCAAGAAUUCAUCCAAAGCGGUGUAUGAGAAAGCAAGACAAUUUUACAAACCGAAAUGCAUUUCCUCUUAUUUGGAAGCGUUAAAACCAAGCGUGGCAUUUGAGUCAGAUCGAAUGAUGAUUUGUGGGAGCAGACAGGAGGCCAAACUAAGAUCUAAACACAUGAAUACAACAAAAGUUUAUGUAUUUCAAUAUUCUCACGCCCCACUGGUAAACUAUAUCCCUUCAUUGUACCCUUAUGGAGUAUUUGGAUUUGCAGCCCAUGCACUCGAUAUUACGGUAAGAAAUUCUGCUUUUUACACUGACCGAACGAGCCAGUGUUAUAAAAUGGGGCUUUCUGUCUUCGUUCGUUUUUCCCCGUUUUUUUUUAUAUCGCAAACGUGA